GUAGAUCGGAGUUCCCCGCUCGCGUAGAAAAUCCGUUUCUUUUGCCGGGUAUGCAGCAUUCUCGCUUGCGACUCGCGUGUGCACGGUGCACAAUACACAGAACAAACUCGAAUAACUAGAGAAAUUACGUUCGCUCUAUUUUGCAAUUGCUUCUUUCCUCUUUUCGUGUAUUGAUUAAUGUGAUAAAUCUUUCUUUUAUCGAAUUUCCUGUGUAAAAAUGAAACUGGGGUGGACAUAUGCUCUGGCAUUCGUUUCGAUUCCUCCAAAGAAAUGUCAAAGAGGAGAAGAUAGAAACAACGAACAAGUGAAACGACAUUUGGCUUCGAAGAGUUGCAACAUGAUAAAUUGAAAUUUGAAGAUCCUGGUUUUUAAAGGAAAGCAGAAAAUGAAUUUUUCUUGUUAAAAUGUUUUACUCAAAAGAAUUUUGAGAAGAUAACAAGAGAAUAGAAUUGCAAACUGUACAAAGAGAACAGUUGUUACGUUAAAAUAUCUUUAACAACGAAAGAAAGAGUGACGGUAUUCAUAUACAUUAUCUGAAAGGUAUUCAAUGCGAACACAUGAAUGCAAGAAAAUUGAAGUAAUUUUGAUGAAAAAUUUGAUUUACAACACGCAAAUACGAAACUUUUUAGACUAAAAAGUGACAACUAAAUGGAACUUCAAUUACUUGAACGAAGGAAUUAAAUAAAUAUAGAAUAAAUCAAUAAAAUCAAUAAAUCAAUAAAAUUUCACUAAUUAGUUUCAUGAUUAGCGUUGAUUUUCAACGAAUUCUCAACGAAACAAGAAAGAAGAUGCUUCCAUUAUCACGCAUAUUUCUGGAUUAAAACAUCAGAAAUAAACGCAUUGUGAAAAAAGAUUGUUCAACGGAACUUUGUUGAACCUUUAUUGGUUCGUUAUAGAAUGUAUUAGUGAGGUGUUCGUAAAUGAUGUAAAAGAGGAUUUUGGUGUAUUCGCGACAAUAUACUUCAGAGAUGGUCAGCCAACACGCAAUGGCCACUACAGUUCGCAAAGUUAAGCAGGAGAAUCGUCUGAGGCGACAAAAUCAAAAUCAAGAUGAAGAAGGACUUUACAAACCUGUACCGCCACCGAAACCGGUGCCGAACAACCAAAAGAACCAGAACGGACAACAGGAGAGCAACAGGCUGCAGACGAUAGCCGAAAAACCGUCCCGGCUGAUUUCUAAUAUAGAGAGGAACAGCACAUUAGACGACAACCAGAUUCCAAAUUCCGAGCAAAAUUUUGCACCGGAAUACAGGAUGUCACCGCUUUACGGAGAGGAACAGAGUUCGAGUCAGACUCAACAAGCAGCUAACUUGCAGACACACAGCAGCAAAUUUCCGAUUGAACGUGAAGUUGUUUUGUCAUCGGGAGACAAAAAUUCCAAGAUUCCCAUUCUUCACGAGUACAAACAAAGAACUGCCGGAAGAGUCGCAAUUGCACCGGAUGCACCGAUCAAACAACAGGCUUGGGUUCAAGAGGCAACUCAGAUGCAAGAAGUGAGACAAGAGGGUCAAACAAGGAGUUAUCAAUCACCAGAGUCUUAUGUGUCGACAUCAGCUGCAUCGCUGUUAAGAACAGCCAAAAUCGAUGAAGAGAAGAGCAAAUCCAUUUCAAAGACUUAUCAUACGAUUAAGGAUAUGAUAUCAAGCCGUUUUGGACAGAGUCGUAAGGACGUUGAACCAGAACCGGAAGCGAGCUUGAACAAUGUUACAGAUGAAUUGAGAAAAUCAAGCAAGAGUAUCGAUGAAGAAGAGACGAAGAAAAGGGAAGGGAUUUAUGGGAAACCACGAGCACAGGAACCUCCUAUUAAUAUGCAACAAUAUCCAAAAAAUGCUUGUGGUCAGUAUGGACACUCAUAUAGUUACCUGAGCAAUCAACAGAACGUACCACUUCCUGGACAACUUCAGCCUACAUCUCAGAUUCAACCCAAUUUACCAGGUCAAAGUGCUCAGCUUCACGUAACACAUCACACUCCACCUGCAGGAGUUCAAACAGUUCAUCAAACUCAAAUUCCUGGAUUUGGCCAAUCAGCAACAGCUGGCCAACAGGUGCAAAGUGUUGCGAGAGAAUAUGUUGUUCAGGGACCAUCUGGAUUGCCGAGUCAGCAAUUGCAUCAAGGACUUCAUCAGAAUCCUCAGAAUCAGGGCCACAGUACGCAGAUACAGAAAUCUCACGGUCUGGGAAUGCAAUCCCAUCAAAUAGGGAACACGGCGAUGCAACCAUCGAAUCAAAAUUUCCAAAGUGCCCAGCAACUGUUGCAUCAAAAUCAUCAAAGCCCCAGAUUCGCACAGCAGCACGCGCAGAACAUACACCAACGACAACUGAUCCAACAGAUGCAUCAGCAACAACUAGCCGGACAACAGAAUAGUCAAACUGGCGGCGUGAGGAGCAUGCAACAGCAAAACUAUUUCUCGAACAACGUGUCUUAUCGGCAGUACCAGCAAGCUCGUCAAGUUAUGUCAAGGUCUCAGAUCGAUCUACCUAGCACUUCCAGACAGGCUCAAGAGCUCAGACUGUCUGGACAGGAAGUGUAUUACCAUUAUGCCCAAGGUCGACCAAGGUACGGUGUACCGCAAAUCUACAUGAAGACUGAAAGUAAUCAGGAAGCGGAAUUUCAACGACAAAACUCGCCAAAAGGUAUCGAGAAAGCCGUGUCUCAGCCGCAACUCUCUUACGAGGACGAAAGAUCUGGUUGCAUUAACGAACAGUCAAAAAAUCCGGUCGAUGGGAUGAAAACUCUUACGAUGGAUCCAUUGGACAAAGAAAGAUAUGAGAUUACAGUGGAAGACCGUGGACAAGGAGAAUUCGGGAAAACCGAGUCUCAAAGAAAAGACGAAUAUCGAGCUGAAACUGGCUUCGCUAUUCGCAGAGACGAUGCUGUUAGAUGUUCUAAAAGAGAACAGGAGCAAUUAGCACCAGCUAGCUCCUGUCAAGAGAAUCAAGAAUCGGAAACAUCUUUUAUACAAAAGAAGAUCGAAGAAUUGCAAAAACGACCUGAGGAGAAUCAUUAUAAUGUAAAAGUAUCGAAGGAAAGCGUGGAAACAGAUAUGGGUAGAAGUUUGUCUGGCACAAAAAUUGGAAACGGUGAACCUCUGAAGAAAAUGGAGAAUCAAUACGCCAAAGAUUCUGUAAUGAAAUCCGAAACAAGGAAAGACGAGCUUGAACAUGGCAUCAGCCGAUUAAAAAUCCAGAAUCAGGGAUCUGGCUCGGAUUACGAUAAAGCAGGACAGAGUUCUUCCAACGUUGAUUCGGGAAGAGGAUCUGCUGUUUAUUCCAGUGGAAGACGACCUCCGCCUGAAGACCAAACUCAUCCUCCAGUACAAGACUCCGAAUGGGUGGACAUAGUCGAAUCAGAACUGCGAAGCAUUUUAGAGCCAAGAGACGUGCCUGCGAUGGCGCAUUCUACCCUAUCUGAAAGUGUAUCAUCGGUAACACCACCUCUGCCGCCGCUUUCACCCCAUGAAAGUCCCAGAACACCGAGAAAUCGAUACUCAACGAGUUUGCCAUACGGAUCAAAACCUAAUUACAGCGAUUACAGCAAAGCCAUUGAAAAAAGAGGAGGAUUUUCGAGUAGUUCGAAGCAUCGCGCAUCUACCUCAAAAAAAGAUGCUGCAAAGAAAUUCUCUCAUCUUUUUGGUGUAGAAGCAGCCGAUUUUACUUCAACUACAACUGGACUUGAUUUAGAUUCCAUGUUAGACAGAAGUGAUUCCGAUUUAAGUACAAACGAUGCACGAACGAUUAGGAAACAAUUAGAAGGUUUAGAAAAUAUGUACAGCGAGGUACUCAAGUUACUCGGCGGAAGUGUUAAAAAAAGGCGAAAGGCCAGAGGUCUUACCAGUUACGGUUCCGUCUCAUCGUUGCCAACAUCAUCCGUUUCGUCGAGACCUGUCACAAGGCACCAUGAUAAACGUAGAUCCCACGCUAUCGACGAUAGAAUGAAGAAAGCCAAAGAUAUAAAAAGCAUUAAUAAACGCUUCCAACGGCUAGAAUCUCACGUAGUCACACUUGCCAGAUCAGUGGCACAUUUAAGUUCGGAAAUGAGGACACAACAUUUAAUGAUACAGGAAAUGGAGAACAUAAGGGGCGAGAUUGCUGCACUCCGGACGCAAACGAGUAUGGCAAUGGUGAGGUCACAGUCUCAACCAUUGAUCAAGGACUCCGAGCUACCAGCCCUUUCCAAUCCUUCGAGGGUGAAAAAACUCACCAAAUUCUUUGGCACAGAACCACCACUCAUCAGACUGUUCCUCAGGGAACUUGGGUAUGAGAAAUAUGCAAAUGUGUUCGAGAAAGAAAAGGUCGGUAUGGUGGAGCUUCCUUAUUUAAGCGAAGAGAGAUUACAAAAAAUGGGAGUUCCCUUGGGACCAAGGUUAAGGAUUCUGCAAGAAGCGAGAAUAUCGGUGUGCAAAGAUCCAAUUUACGUCGUGUGAAUGCUAUAGAACGGCUUGCUUUCUGAAAGAAUACCUAGGCAAUUCCAAGUACGUACAUCCGCUAGUAGCCGGUGAAAGGCAAUAAAAUACAUAAUCAAAUAUUUUACUUGCUCGAACGUUUUUAGAAUUUUGAAUUCGGUGGAUUGUAUAAUAUAUUUGAAUUCGUAUCAAAAAUAAAUCAAUUUUCUUAAGAUUUAUGAAUCAUUAAAGUAAACAAUUGUUUACUUUAGAAAUAAAUAAAUAUUUGAAAGACAAAGAAGUAAUAACGAAAUUAAUUAAACGUUUAUUGUACGUAUAUCGAAUAUAUUGUAUACGAAUAUAGUAAACAGAGCAUGGUGUAUACGUCUAUCAAACAUAUCCGUACAGGUUUUUAUUUUACAAGUACUUUUAAACACUCAAGUACAAAUAUAUUAACAUGUUUUAUUCUAAAUUCUAACAUUAGUAAAUCACAAAAGAUAUGAAUGCUAAUUGAGAAUAUUUCAAUGAGAAGUAAUAUCUGUCAAUGAAAAAAUGUUUCAGAAAUGUAUCAGUCACAUAUAGAUUAAAGCUAAAGGAAGAAAGAAUUAUUGUUCAUGACUCUAGAGAUUUUGUCAUUCAUAAACUUAUUUUAUUUUCCUUUUGUAAUUUAUUAUAAAUUAUUGAUCGAAAUACAUAUCUAUGUGUAAUACUUAUAUUAUAAUACAAAUGAUAACUGCCUCAGUCAUUAUUAUAGUUGAAUAUUUCACGCAUCCUUAAAGUAUUAUACUAAGAGAACAAUUAGAAAGUUAAAACUAACUAGUUAAAAAGAACAGUUUAAAGUAGAAGAAAUAAUAUCAACGUCAUUUAAUGUUAAUCAAUAUAUAAAUACCUUUUACGGUAUUGUCAGUUCUAAGCAUCACUUAUUACCUUCACGAUAUUGUCUAAGCAUCGCCUUAUAUAACAAAAAUAAUUAUAAUUACUAAUUAACGAUAAAAACAAUUUUUGAUUGUACUGAAGUGUCAAGUAAACAUCCAAUUGUAAUGAAUAUUAGCGUAACUUAAUAUUUAUACACUAUACAAUUAUAGCUAAUCAAUCAUUUAAGAUAGUUUGAACAAAAUAUAUUUUGUUAUACAGACGUAUAUAACGUGUACAUGCUACAUAGAUUUGUAUUUUUGUAAUUGAUCGGUCUGAAUUGAUGGUAGAAAUCGAUUCGACUGUUUCAAUCGAGAAUAAGCUCAAGUGAGUAUGUAUUGAGAACGAGAAGCAAAAAUUAAUUUGCCAAAGAGACGGGAAAAUGUCGUCGACAAAGUGUGUUAAGAGAUUAUCAUUUGAGAGGAAUCAAGUGAAAUUUUUCUCCUAAAUGUGCUAUUGUUUUGACUUGUUAUUACUACCGCUUCCAAAGGUUAUCUCAUUCAUUCAAUCGUUUUGUUUUGAAUAAUAAAUAGAUUAGAUAGAUUUUAGUUUUUGCUUACAUUACAUUUUGAAAAAAUUUUAUAAUCUAUAUCGAUAAUACUCCAAGAAAUCAAAAAAUCACUCAAUUACAACUGAAAAAUUAUCGAUUUUUGAAUUCUUACAAUAUAAUAGAAUGUCGAUAAUUCAAACUAAUUGGAAGACAAAUCCGUUCAGAUAAGCGAUUUUUCAAAUAAUCGGUCAAAUUUGUGAUCAUGUCAUAAAUCAACUAAACAGUUAAAUUAAAUAGUUUCCAAAUACAGAUGUUUAUUAUGUAAAAGAAUACAUGUACAUGAAUAAAUAGAUGUUAUAAAAUUUU